AUGGAUGAAUCAAGAGAAUGUGAAUUGAAAAUGAGUGAAGCCAGCUUGAGUAGUGCAACCAGUCCAAACAUACUAGUUAGCUCUAUUAGUCCAGCCAGAAGGGUAGAAGUAGUGGACCUUGAUGAAGGCCAACCUGCAGGAACAUCAAGUCAGCUAGUUCUUGAGUUUGUUAGAAGGUCUAAACGAGCUAGGAAACCCUCAGUCAUAUUGCAACUAUAUGAAGUGACAUCUGACCCAGUCAUCAUUACAGAUGGAGAAUUCACACAUUUUGCUUUGCUGGCUGAAUUAGAACAAGUAAGUGAUGAAGAGGCCUUAAGUGAUUCUAGAUGGAGAUCAGCAAUGGAGGAAGAGCUCAAAGCAAUAAAAAAAAGAACCAGACCUGGGAGAAGCAGAGCUGGUACUGUCAAAGGAGAAACCUCGAACAUCACACUACAUGGCACAAAACGGAUUUUAAGAUACAUCAAGGAAACCAUUGAGCUUGGCCUGAUGUAUCCCACAAAUUUGAAUGGAUAUGAAGCUAAACUUGUUGGCUUUAUUGAUGCAGAUUCGUGUGGAGAUAAAGAUGAUAGAAAAAAUACCACAGACUAUAUGUUCAUGAUCAAUAACUCACCAAUCUCAUGGUGUUCGAAAAGCAAAGAAUAG